UAGCGGAGUUGUUUAGAGACUGUUGGUAUAGGUACUUCGGAGCACCGCUGGCUGUGUUGGUUGACGGGGGCACUGAAUUCAAAGGAGAGUUCUUUGACCUGGUUCAGAAGUGCUGGAAGUGCAGGUUAUAUGUGACUGCGCCAUCCCGACCACAAGGGAACGGUGUUAACGAGUCGAGUCACCGUGGAAUAUCGAAGGCUUUGCAUGGAGCGGAUGUUCGGAGUGGUUCGGAGUUGCGCGAGGCUGUGAGUUCUGCUGUGCUUGCGCACAACAACAUCCCUCACCCAGCGACAGGGCUAGCACCAGUGAUGGCGUUGAUAGGAGCUGACGCGAG